AAAUCCAGGAUUUCCCCUCUUCUUCCUCUCUUUAGGGCCCUUCACUCCUCCUCGGGGUGGAACCUCCACCCACGCCGAGCCAUGCGGGUUCUCCAGCUGCUCUUUGCAGUCGUUGUCAUUCUCCUCCUCCAGGGCAUUCCGGCCAGAGGCCUUUCAGACAGCCAGCAGUGCAGAAGCAACCGCGGCCACUGCCGGAGGCUCUGCUUCCACGUGGAGCGCUGGGAAGGGAGCUGCAGCAAUGGCCGCCUGCGCUGCUGCCGGUGACAGUGGCCACUCCAGGGCAGUGUGACAGUCCCAGCACAGCGACCAGUGACCCUGCAGCCAGAACUGUACAUAGGACCUGUCCUCGGACACCUCCGUGCCUCCACUUGUAGCUCGGUUUGUCUGUCACCAAUAAACCUGUUGGCUUUCUAUGUC